GGGGAGACGACUAUCAAUGUAGUCCAAUGGCAGAGUGGCGGAGCAGAAGCAGCUUCAAUUGAAGGCCAUACACAGGCCUAGGUUAAAAAGUCCCCCCAGCAGCAUUCAUCGUGUGGGGAGACGACUAUCAAGAGUCCAAUGGCUGAGUGGCGAUCCUGGGAAGUCAGUGUUGUGAUUGCAUAUGCAAAGCAGAAAUCUAACGAAGUAAUUGCCGUGGUGCGAAGAAGAAUCAUAUACCGUCGUACUUCCAUCCAUAAGACUGGAAAAACCUGCGACCGGGAGCUUUAUUUGCCCUGACCCGCUGAUGCAGCUUCUGGGAUACCCAAGAGGCCCAUGGCAGAGUGGCGGAGCUGUAAGCAGAUUUCAGUCAUUAAAGGCCAUACAGAGGCCUAUGUUUAAAAAGUCCCCCCAAGCAGCAGCGUGGGGAGACGACUAUCAAGAGUCACAAUGGCGAGUGGCGGAGCGGAAGCCAGCUUCAAUUCUGAAGGCCAUAAACACAGGCCUA